AUGGCUAGUCUUAGAAAUAGCAGCAACAGUGUUUACAUAUUUGCUUACUUCCUUCUGUUUGCAGUAUUAUUUCGUGAGUGUUCAUCCUCAGAAGAAAACUUUGGAAAAGUUCGUGUAAAAGUUAUGAACCAACUUAACAAUGGCCAAAAUUUGUGGUUACACUGUUGGGUGCAAAGAGGAUAUAGAAAAAUAGAACAAACUAUUCCUGAUAACCAAUCUGUGACGUGGUCAUUUGGUCUUACAUUUAUCGGUAAAACUUACUAUGAUUGUGAUUUUGGAUGGAAUAAACAAGGAAUUAUGAUUUAUAAACGUCAACAAGUCUAUAACGAGAGAGUAGAUGGAUACUGUGAAGAUGAUAUUUGUAACUGGGCAGCACGUCAAGAUGGAAUUUAUCGACAGAAUGCUGGUUGGGGCUGGAGCCUUGUUGUACAUUGGUAA